UACUGUCUAUAGACUGUUACAUCUCUCUCACUCAUUCACUCUACCGGCUAACAUGAGAGAUCAUGGCCGCCUUCGGGCUCCUUAGCUACGAACAGAGGCCGCUGAAACGACCGCGGCUGGGACCGCCCGACGUCUACCCACAGGACCAUAAACAGAAAGAGGAUGAGUUGACAGCAGUGAAUGUAAAACAGGGAUUUAGCAAUCAGCCAGCAUUCUCCGGAGACGAGCAUGGCACAGCGAGAAACAUCGUCAUCAAUCCGGCUAAGAUCGGGGCUUAUUUCAGCAGUAUAUUAGCAGAAAAGCUGAAGCUGAACACCUUCCAGGACACUGGAAGGAAGAAACCACAGAUUAAUGCCAAAGAUAACUAUUGGUUGGUCACUGCACGCUCACACAGUGCGAUACACAGCUGGUUUACUGAGCUGGCUGGAAGCAAACCUCUCACUGUUUUAGCGAAAAAGGUACCCAUCCUUAGCAAGAAGGAGGAGGUAUUUGCCUAUUUAGCAAAGUAUUCUGUGCCAUUAUUAAGGGCAGUAUGGCUGAUCAAGAUGACCUGUGCCUAUUACACUGCAAUAUCUGAGGCUAAAAUUAAGAAACGACAAGCAACAGACCCAACUAUAGAAUGGACUCAGAUACUCACCAGGUACCUCAGAGAACAGCUGGCAAAAAUGGCUGAGUUUUACCAUGGGACACCAAACCAAGGGAAUAGCUCCGCUCCCCUACCUGAAGAGGUGGAGCAAGCCGUGAAGCAGUGGGGUUACAAUGAGAAGCUGGCGUUCUAUAUGUUUCAGGAGGGGAUGUUUGAGAAACAGGAAUUCCUGGCGUGGAUCCUGGAUGUUUUGGAGAAAGUCAGACCAGGUGAUGAUGAAGUCCUUAAACUGUUGCUGCCACUGAUGCUGCAGUACUCCGAAGAAUUUGUUCAAUCAGCCUACCUGUCCCGUCGCCUUGCUUAUUUCUGUGCCGGACGACUGUCUCUGUUGCUGAGUGAGAACCAUGGCCUGGUCUCAGCCCACUCCCCACACGUGAUAACAGGACCAACCCCCUCCUCACGCGGGGCCCCCAACGCUGGGGUGAGCUCCACACAGUCAGGCCUGGCAGACUGGCAUUCCUGCCCCCAGCACCGGCCACUCAUCUACGGCCUAAGCUGUAUCAUGCAGACAGUAACUCUUUGCUGUCCCAGUGCCUUGGUGUGGAAUUACUGCACUAACGAGAGCAGGAGUCCCACCCCUGGCUCUCCCCUGGACCUGCUCCAGGUGGCCCCGUCUGCUUUGCCCAUGCCAGGAGAGAAAUCUAUCUUUAACCAGCAGGUGAGAGCAAGUAUAUACGAGGUGGAGCAGCAAAUCAAGCAGCGAGGGAGGGCUGUGGAGGUCCGAUGGUCUUUUGACAAAUGCCACGAGUCUGCUGCAGGGUUUACCAUUGCUAAGGUUUUGCACACGCUGGAAGUGCUAGAUCGCCACUGCUUUGACAGGUCUGACUCCAGCAAUUCCCUGGACACCUUGUACCACAAGAUCUUUUGGACAAACAAAAACAAAGAUAGCCAGGAGCAGCAGCAGCAGCCUGUGUCCCCGCACGAUGAGGCGGUGGUGACGCUGCUGUGCGAGUGGGUCGUGAGCAGCAAGCGCUUCGGGAAACACAGAGCCGCGGCCGUUGCCAAGCUGCUGGAAAAGAGACAGGAAGAGAUGGAGGCCGAGAGGUGUGGAGAGUCAGAAGUCCUGGAUGAGAAAGAAUCGAUUUCUUCAGCUUCUCUUGCUGGAUCCAGUGUGCCUGUUUUUCAGAACGUUUGUCUUGUGUUUUUGGAUACGCAGGGACCUUUAUUAACUGACCCCCACAGUGCGAGUGAGAACAUAGAGUUUGUGAACCUGGUGCUGCUGUUCAGCGAGUUUAUCCGCCAUGAUGUCUUUUCCCACGAUGCCUACAUGUGCAUGCUGAUAUCCAGGGGGGACCUGUCUCCUGUCAGGACACAACCGUCUCACACAGAGGAGUCCUGUUCUAAAGACCACCACGUGAAAGUGGAGGAACAAGGCAGGUUUGGGGAACAAGUGGACAUUUCAGGAGCUGCUCAAUUCUUCCAUGAUGUGGACAAGGGUGAAUUUAAAACUGACUUCAGUUCCGAAUUUGCAUUAUUGUCCCCAAUGCCAGGAGAGCCCGUGGCUUGUGAGAAUUUGAAGAGUUUGCUUGAACAAGAACACCUCUCUAAAGAGGAGAAACUGGUCAGGAAGGAGAGACAGAAAAAGACGAUAUCUCCAUCCUUCUAUGACCUGCCUCGUCAUCUACAGUAUGCGUCACACUUCCCUAUACCUCUGGAUGAGUCUUCAAGUCAUGAGUGCAACCAGAGAAUGGUUCUUCUCUAUGGGGUGGGUAAGCAGCGCGAGGAGGCCAGGCACCAGCUGAAGAAGAUAACCAAAGACAUCUUAAAAAUCCUGAACCGGAAAAGUACUUCAGAGACUGAUGGUGAUGAAGAACAGAGACCCAAGAAGAACAAACAGGAAACAUUCCCUACGCUGGAAACCGUUUUUACCAAAUUGCGGCAGCUGUCGUAUUUUGACCAGCAUCAGGUGACAUCUCAGAUUGCAAGCAAUGUGCUGGAGCAAAUAACCAGCUUUGCAUCAGGGACCUCAUACCAUUUGCCACUGGCACACCAUAUACAAAUUAUCUUUGACAUGAUGGAGGCAGCCCUUAACAUCAGUGGUCUGAUAGACUUUGCUAUUCAGCUUUUAAAUGAGCUGAGCGUUGUGGAAGCUGAACUGUGGCUGAAAUCAUCCAGUUUAGCUGGGAGUUACACAACAGGGCUCUGCUUGUGCAUUGUGGCUGUUUUACGACGAUACCAAGCCUGUCUUAUCCUUAACCCAGACCAGACUGCACAAGUUUUUGAAGGAUUAUGUGGUGUUGUGAAGCAUGUGGUGAACCCUUCCGAAUGUUCUUCACCAGAGAGGUGUAUAUUGGCCUACCUUUAUGACCUGUAUUUGUCAUGCAGUCAUCUAAGAAGCAAAUUCGGGGAUCUCUUCAGUAGCGCCUGCUCAAAGGUCAAGCAGAACAUCUACAACAGCGUUCAUCCGUCCAGUUCAAACUUACUGUGGGACCCGGACUUCAUGCUGGACUUCAUUGAGAACCCUUCCACCCACAACAUCAACUAUUCCAUGCUGGGGAAGAUCCUGAGUGACAAUGCAGCUAACCGCUACAGCUUUGUUUGCAAUGUGCUGAUGAAUGUGUGUAUGGGGCAUCAGGACACUGAAAGAAUAAAUGACAUGGCUAACCUCUGUGCUGAGCUGACUGCUUGCUGCACUGUACUCAGUUCAGAAUGGCUUGGUGUUCUUAAGGCUCUGUGUUGUUCUUCAAACCAUGUGUGGGGAUUUAAUGAUCUUCUCUGUAGUGUGGAUGUGAGUGACCUUUCCUUUCAUGACUCACUGGCCACCUUUAUUGCCAUCUUGAUAGCACGACAGUCCUUUUCACUGGAGGAUGUGGUACAGCAUGUUGCUCUCCCAUCCCUCCUUGCAGCAGCCUGUGGUGAUCCAGAUGCUGAACCCGGAGCCAGAAUGACAUGUCAGCUGCUGCUUAAACUCUUCAAGACCCCUCAGGUUAUACCUCUGCCUCAGGCUAAUGGAAAGCCUGCCCCUGACAUUCGCUCUUCCUGUGACCGGCAUCUCCUGGCAGCAGCACACAACAGCAUUGAAGUGGGAGCUGUGUUCGCAGUCUUAAAGGCAAUUUUGAUGCUGGGCGAUGCAGAAAUUGGUAACAGCAAUGUCAGCACCAACAACAACGAUGACUUCAGUGUGAAGUUAGAUCCUCUCAGAGGUCCAUACAGCUUCAAUGAAGAUGACAUCACGAGUGCCUCAAAGACAUGUGACAAUGCUAUUCCCAUAGAGACAGCUAGUCUGAGCGAAUAUGCUAGGUAUGCAUUAAGGACCAUUUGCCAGCAGGAGUGGGUGGGCGAACACUGCUUGAAGGAACCUGAGCGACUGUGUACAGAUAAAGAUCUCAUAUUGGACCCGGUUCUGUCUAACAAGCAGGCACAGAAACUCCUCCAGCUUAUCUGUUACCCGCUCGGAGUGCCGGAAAGCAUGGCGGGAGACGGCUCUCAAAAGCAGCACAUCAAGCGUAUCCUCCAGAACUUAGACCAGUGGACGCUGAGACAGUCCUGGCUGGAGCUUCAACUGAUGAUCAAACAGUGCAUGAAAGAGCCGCAGGGUUCUGAUAUGAAUACUUUGCUGGACAACAUUGCAAAAGCAACCAUAGAGGUGUUCCAGCAGUCUGCAGAGCUAAACAGCAUCCCGUCUCCUUCCAGGAUGGGGAUCUUCAGUCCAGGUUAUUCUGGGAACAGUGACCCUGAUAAUACCCAGCAAUGUGGGAGGAAGACAUUCCUUAGUUUAAAUGAACAGAAAGGCGUCUGGUUGGUAGCCCCACUGAUUGCUAAGCUGCCUACAUCUGUGCAGGGAAGGGUCUUGAAGGCAGCUGGGGAGGAGCUGGAAAAAGGGCAGCACUUGGGAUCCUUGUCAAAGAAGGAGAGGGACAGGCAAAAGCAGAAAAGCAUGUCACUUCUGAGUCAGCAGCCGUUCCUUUCCCUUAUUCUUACCUGUCUGAAAGGACAGGAUGAGCAGCGUGAAGGACUGCUGACCUCAUUACAGAACCAGGUCAAUCAGAUUCUGAGUGACUGGAGAGAAGAGCGUUAUCAGGAUGACGGGAAAGCGCGACAGCUGAUGCAUGAAGCUUUGCAGCUGCGGCUGAAUCUGGUGGGCGGGAUGUUCGACACUGUGCAAAGGAGUACCCAGUGGACUACAGACUGGGCUCUUCUGCUCCUGCAGAUGAUUACUUCAGGAACUGUUGAUAUGCAGACUAAUAAUGAGUUGUUCACAACAGGACUUGACAUGCUUGGAGUUCUUAUCAAUGGAACGUUAGCUUCUGAUUUAUCAAAUGCUUCUCAGACAGGAUCCGAAGAGAACAAAAGGGCAUACAUGAACCUGGUGAGAAAAUUAAAGAAAGAACUUGGUGACAAACAUUCUGAAAGUAUAGACAAAGUUCGCCAGCUGCUUCCACUGCCAAAACAAACAUGUGAUGUGAUCACCUGUGAGCCAAUGGGAUCUUUAAUUGACACUAAGGGCAAUAAAAUUGCAGGAUUUGACUCCAUAGAUAAAAAACAGGGCCUUCAGGUGUCUACGAAACAGAAAGUCUCCCCCUGGGAUUUAUUUGAGGGCCACAAAAACCCAGCGCCCCUAUCCUGGGCCUGGUUCGGCACAGUGCGAGUGGACCGCAAAGUGACCAAAUAUGAAGAGCAGCACCACCUUCUUCUGUAUCACAGCCAUCCAAAGCCCAAACCACACAGCUACUACCUGGAGCCAUUGCCUUUACCCCCAGAGGAGGAGGAAGAGGGGGAGCCCGCCAUAGUCUCUCAGGACCCAGACAGGGAGCACUCGGAGCUGAGUGAGCAGAGCAGACACAUGCUGGUGGAGGAAAAGAAACCCAAGAGCAGGAAGAGAAAGCCCAAGACCAAUGCAAGAGUCGACGAUUAUGCACAAAAUGUUGUAUAUAGAGUGCCUCCCAGCUAUCCCACAGUAUCUUCCCAAAUGAUACACCACUCUCAGGCAGCACCAUCCUGGGGUUACAACCUCCUGGAACAGCCCCAGCAGGCCAGCUUCUACCUGCAGAAUCAGCCUCUUCUGCCAGGUGGUCCCAGACUAGAUCCUGCUAGCCAGUUCGCUCCGACAAACACCAAACUAGCCCUGACCAACAUGCUGCAACGCCGCUCAGGCUCCAUGAUGCAGCCACCUUCCCUGCCCACCAUCUCCCCUCAACAGCAGCUGCUUCAAAUGAAACUACUGCAGCAGCAACAGCAACAGAGCCUGCUCCACCAGCAAGCACAGUCCAGGCCCUUCCAGCAGGACUCCUGUAGCACUGCUGUGUCCCUCCUAGAUGACUUUACCAACAUAAUGGGCCAGACGGUGGAUCAGACAGCCCUCUAUACUCAGCAGGUACAGCCUCCUUCCCAGCUUCCCCAGUUCCCUGGAAUGCAGCAGCAACAGAAUAGCUCUCAUGGAUACACAACGUACAGCACCCACAUGCCUCUCCAGCAGCAGGCUAGCCAUGCAGGGCUGUCUCCGAAUUACAACGUCAGGGCCUACCAGAUUGUCCACUCCAACCCAGCUCUGUUGGACCAGCUUCGGCAGAUUCAGCAGCAGCCGAGCGGCUACAUCCACCAACAAGCUGCAGCCUUCCCAGCAUCCCUCCCAGGUGCUCAAAGGCUUGCCUACCAGCCUCUGCAGCAGGACUCUGGUAUCAGAGCAGGAUUGGAUCCCAUGACUCCAGCAGCACCACAUGUGAACCUUGGAUCGAUGCAGAUGUCUCAGGAACAGAUAAGACAAAGGCAACAGCAGCUCAGACAGCAGAGACUGCUGCAGCUGCAGCAUCAACAGCAGAAUCCACAAGCACUGGGAAUCCAAGCAAUGCAGCCUCAGCAACAUUUGUUCUCAAGGCAAGGUUUGCAGCAGACUCAACAGCAACAACAGACAGCUGCAUUAGUGAGGCAACUGCAAAAACAGCUCUCCGGUAAUCAGCCCCAACAAGCAGGAAACCCAUAUGGCCCACCACAUUACUAAGGAAGCCUAGCUUAUACCUACAUUACAGUUCCACACUGUAUGUUUGCAAUGAAGAACAAUAUAAUCUCGAUGCACUAAACAGUCAGACAG